AGUGUUGCCCCAAGCACUGCCAAUUUUGUGUCCCGGCAUUUUUGUCGCGUGCCGAACAAUUUUGCUGUUAAUUUAUUAUUUAGAAAAACGUAUUUAAAGUGUAUUUAAUUAUUGAGCCAUGGACAGUUCAUAUCAGGCGCGACGAGGCGGCCUACUGCGGCAACCACUAAACAGCACCAGCCACAAUCAGACACAUAAUCUAUCAAUAACACUGCUGCCCGAGGAACAAGAAAUGCUGCGCAACACAAGUGUUGGAGCCCUAGGGCUCCAAAGCCGCCUGCAACGCAGCACGUAUAACCCAUUGCAAGAUGUGAGCAGCCUGAGUGGCGACACCUCCCAAAUGCUUGAAGACAUGGAUGAUGCGGAUCGUGGACGCAGCAAAGUCGAUGCACUUUUCACCCAGUUUCUUGAAGUGCUCCAGGCGCAUAACAACGACAACGAAACGCUGGAUGUGGUGCAACAGCUGGCCCAAGCUUGCAGCCAGGUCGUUGAGCAACUGGAGCUUGAAAUGCAACGUGGUGUGGGCGGUAGUCAAGGUGCCAAGCAGCGGGAACAAAGCAUUCAAUGGUUAAAACAAGAAAUCAACACUUGGCGUCUGCUUCAUGCGCUCUACUAUGAUCGUCUGCUGCUACAAAACGAUCAGCAAGCGGAUGAGGAUAUGCAGGAUGGUCCCAUGCUGGGUGGCAGCGAGAAGGAAGUGAUACAACAGCUAUAUGCCAUAAAUGCGCCUUUAAGGGAAUAUCAAUUGGUUGUGGAUUGGCUGGAGAAGAGCUAUGAUCAGCAUCAGCAUCAAUCGAUGGCGCUGCAAUCGCACGAUCGCAUGAUGGCCUGGGAGAACACACUGUUCCAGCUGGAGAAUAUGCAAGGCGCUGCCUUUGGGCGCCGUGGUGAUGAUAUCUGCAAGCAACUGGAUCCCGAUGCUCCGGUGCGAGAGAAGCAGCCACUACAUGCCCUCGAUAUGGAGGAUAAUGCACGAUUAUCGCGGGCCAUUUUCGCUGCCAUACGCAGCGGACACAUCGAAGAUGCGCUGAAGCUUUGCAAGCAUUAUGGACAGACUUGGCGUGCUGCAAUUCUGGAGGGUUGGCGACUGCACGAAGAUCCCAACUAUGAGCAGCAUGGCAGCAGCUUAAGCGGUGGCGGCCACGAGAAGCUGCCCAUUGAAGGCAAUCCACGACGUGAUGUGUGGAAACGUUGCGCCUGGUUGCUGGCGGAUUCCAAGAAAUACGAUGAAUAUACACGCGCCACAGCGGGCAUCUUUUGUGGACAUCUGGGAGCAUUGCAGACGCUGCUCCAGGGCAGCUGGCAGGAUCUGUUAUGGGCCUAUAUCAAGGUGCAGAUAGAUAUACGUGUGGAGAGCGAGAUUCGUGGUUGCUGCCUGAAGCGCUAUCAACCCAUGCCCGAUGAAUAUUGGAAUGGCAAGAUGACGCUGGAGCAAAUCUUUGAUGAGCUGCAUGUGGCCAAGGAUGUCGGUGUUAGAGACUAUGCGCAAGGACAACUAGGCGUCAUACAACAGCAUCUAAUCUUGGAUACUUGUGGCGAACUGUUGCAGCACAUGUGUCGCUGGCUGGACAAGGAGCAGGGACAAUUGCAGCCACAUCAAUUGAGGUUUAUGGCGCACAUUGUGCUCUUUAUGCGGCAAAUUGGACGCAUCGAACAGACGGCACAACAGCAGCUGGCGGAACGCAUCAUUGCCGCCUAUGUGGAGGCGUUGAUACAACGCGAGCAGCCCACCGAGAUUGCUUAUUAUUCCGCGGGUUUGUCCAACAAGCUGCAGGUGCAGUUGUACUCCAAAUUCUUGUCGCAAUUGGAAAAUAAGCGUGAGCGAGAACUUGCGUUGGAUGCCGCUUUGCAAGCGGGUUUGGAUGUGGAGCAGAUCACCAGGCACACGGUAGAAACUAUACGCUUGGCAAGCACACCACCUACAGCAUUAGGUGCGCCACUGGCUGGCGAAGUCUCGGCAUCGGAUCGUCGCAAGAUUCAAUCGCUUGAAUACUUAACCCAUCUGAUGGAACAGCGUGGGGAACUCGUUUGGCAAGCGAAUGCCAUGAUGCGUCACUAUUUGGCCAGCCAAAAGCUGGAGUGUGUGCGUCUCGCCUUUGCCAUGGUGCCACAUGACCUCAUCAACCAGCUGAUCAAAAUCUAUGGUUCGCUCGACAAUUUGCCGGCGCGUGAAGAAUGCAGUCUCAAGGAGUAUCUCUGCUACAAUGUCUAUUUGAUGGGCAUCAAUAGCUUUAAUGAGUGGACUCGUUUGCAGCAGACGCAGCCACAACCGCCGCAGCAAUCCGGCCAGAAGUUGGGGCAGGAGAACUUUACGGAGCGCAUGAAUGCGGAGCACAAAGAGCAAACUUAUCGCUCGGAGCUGGCACGCUGGCAGCAGAAACUCAAGGAGCAGUCAAAGGCCACAACGGAUGCCUUGUUCAAUGUGCUGCUAUUUCCCGAGAAGGGUUGGCUCAACGAUCCCUUCGUCUCCAAGCCGCCCGAGAAUGCAGCCUCGCUGCAAUGGGAGCAUCGUCAACUGCAGCUAGAGAAGCUGCGCUCCAUAUGCCUGCCCGAAGUCGCAUUGCUGCUUCACGAGGUGUUGCUGAAAUCCGGUGACUAUGCGGGUUGUGUGCGGCUGGCAGAUGAGAUAGCCGACGAACGGCGACAGCUUUAUAAGGUGUACACCAAGCAUAAGCUGGCCGAGUUGCUGGCCAAGAUUGCCGAUGCAUCGUUGCUGCUGCUGAACAACAAACUGGAUCCCUGGGGUUAUCCCAUAACAGCUUAAACACAUUUCUUUGCGCGAUUUAUUAUUAAACAUUUAUUAAGGACUUGUAU